AUGUUCAUUCGCCGUCAGGCGGUAAGGAAGACUCCGUUCAAACCAUGCAUACAACAGGAAAGUUGUUAUCAAGCUGCUCCUCUGAACUUUGGCUGCCAACUGUGCCGAUUCCAGAAAAGCAUAGAAGUUGGGAUGAAUAUUCAGCCGCUACUGCAAAAGACCUCAAUCCAAGAGCUACUCCAUGAUAUCUCAGCUCAUCACAUGAAUCGAGUGUUUCUGCUGUUAAAUUCCUACCCGGAAAAUUCAAACUUGAAAAUUGAACAGAUGCUCCGAGAAGAAACAAGUUUUGUCGCUCGACAAAAAUAUCAUGAAAUGAAUUGGGAUAGUUGGUACUAUAUCACUUUAGUGUCUACUGUAUACUUCAUGAAACAGUUCCCCUUCGUAUAUUUUGCAAGACUCCAAGACCGGAUAGCGAUAAUUCGGGAAACUUUUCUGAAAGUAGCACUGUUCUCUGCAUCAUUUCGAGCUUAUGCGCUUGGCAAAGAAGUUAUAUCAUUUCCUGAUGGAAGUUCAAUUUUUCCGAGUAAAGAAACUGAAAGAAUCGUGAAGGAUCUGAACAUGCCAGAGCUUAUAACUGGGCGGCUUAUAAGUAAAAUGAGAGAGCUUCAAAUCGCAAACGAAGAAUUUCUCCUAGUUUUGGUGAUAUUGUUUUGCAAUCCUGCAAUCACCAAUCUAUCUGACACUGGACGGCGUCUUCUUUCCACUUAUCAAAAUUUCUACAGCUCAUCGUUAUUCAAAAUAUGUUCAAUGAAUAACAGUGGGCACGUACGAUUCAUGGAGCUCUUAUCUUUAACAAAUCUUGCUGAAACAGCUGUUAAAGAUGUUAAUCAAUAUUUUGUACUACUUCAAUUGAGCAGCCCUGCUUUUAAAGUGUGUGAGAUUUUGCGAGAAGGGUUGAGCCUAUUGUAAAUUUAUUUUUUUCUUUUUCCACAUGUUAUUUGUUGAUUUUUUCCCAAUAUUUAUUUGGUUUUUUAUGAAAAGAAAAAAAUAAAGUUGCGAUGAAA